AGGCCGGGCGGGGACGCGCUGCCCCCGCCCUGCCUCCCUGUGGUCCACACCCCCUUUGGGCUCCCGAGCCGCGGGGCUGGAGUAGUGCGGGGUGCGCGCGAGCAGGCGCUGCCAGCCCCGCUGCGCCCGGUGUUCGGUCCCCGGGCAGGGCACCCGGGCGCCCUGCGCUCCCGCCUCCCCCUCCUGCCUGCGCUCACCUGUCCCUGUUAGAUUAGUCCACUUGCCUUCAAGGCCAGCGGCUCCAGCCCAGGGACUGGGGACAGCAGAGGGAGAGAGCGCACCUGAGGAUACACAGCUGGCCCUGGACUACCUUUUCGCCCCCAGGUGAUGAGCGAGGUCGGGAGAACCGAAGAUUUAAAAAGCAACCGGGGCCUCCGUAUUGAAUGAAAGACCCAGUGCAAAGGCAUCACCAUGAACACGAGCAUUCCUUAUCAGCAGAAUCCUUACAAUCCCCGGGGCAGCUCCAGUGUCAUCCAGUGCUCGUGUGGAGACACCUGCAAAGGGGAAGUGGUUCGCGUCCACAACAACCACUUCCACAUCAGAUGCUUCACCUGUCAAGUGUGUGGCUGUGGCCUUGCCCAGUCAGGCUUCUUCUUCAAGAACCAGGAGUACAUCUGCACCCAGGACUACCAGCAACUCUAUGGCACCCGCUGUGAUAGCUGCCGGGACUUCAUCACAGGCGAGGUCAUCUCUGCCCUGGGCCGCACCUACCACCCCAAGUGCUUCGUGUGUAGCUUGUGCAGGAAGCCUUUCCCCAUUGGAGACAAGGUGACCUUCAGUGGUAAAGAAUGUGUGUGCCAGACGUGCUCCCAGUCCAUGACCAGCAGUAAGCCCAUCAAGAUCCACGGACCAAGUCACUGCGCUGGGUGCAAGGAAGAAAUCAAGCAUGGCCAGUCACUCCUGGCCCUGGACAAGCAGUGGCAUGUUAGCUGCUUCAAAUGCCAGACCUGCAGCGUCAUCCUCACCGGGGAGUACAUCAGCAAGGAUGGCGUUCCCUAUUGCGAGUCUGACUACCACUCCCAGUUUGGCAUUAAAUGUGAGACCUGUGACCGGUACAUCAGCGGCAGAGUCUUGGAGGCAGGAGGAAAGCACUACCACCCCACCUGUGCCAGAUGUGUGCGCUGCCACCAGAUGUUCACCGAAGGGGAAGAGAUGUACCUCACAGGUUCUGAGGUUUGGCAUCCCAUCUGCAAACAGGCAGCCCGGGCAGAGAAGAAGCUAAAGCAUAGACGGACAUCUGAAACUUCCAUCUCACCCCCUGGAUCCAGCAUUGGGUCACCAAACCGAGUCAUUUGUGCUAAAGUGGAUAAUGAGAUCCUUAAUUACAAAGACCUGGCAGCUCUCCCCAAGGUUAAGUCCAUCUACGAGGUGCAACGCCCCGACCUCAUUUCCUACGAGCCUCAUUCCAGAUACACGUCCGACGAGAUGUUGGAGAGAUGUGGCUAUGGAGAGUCGCUGGGAACAUUAUCUCCUUACUCCCAGGACAUCUACGAGAAUCUGGACCUCAGGCAGAGACGGGCCUCCAGCCCAGGAUACAUCGACUCCCCGACCUACAGUCGGCAGGGAAUGUCUCCUACCUUCUCCCGCUCACCUCACCACUACUACCGCACAGGGCCCGAGAGUGGCCGGAGCUCUCCAUACCAUAGCCAGUUAGAUGUGAGGUCCUCCACUCCGACCUCUUACCAGGCUCCCAAGCACUUUCACAUCCCAGCUGGAGAAAGUAACAUCUACCGGAAACCCCCGAUCUACAAACGGCAUGGUGAUUUGUCUACAACAACAAAGAGCAAAACAAGUGAAGACAUCAGCCAGACCUCCAAGUACAGUCCAGCCUACUCACCAGACCCCUACUAUGCUGCAGAGUCUGAGUACUGGACCUACCAUGGGUCCCCCAAAGUGCCCCGAGCCAGAAGGUUCUCGUCUGGAGGAGAGGAGGACGAUUUUGACCGCAGUAUGCACAAGCUCCAGAGUGGAAUUGGCCGGCUGAUUCUGAAGGAGGAGAUGAAGGCACGGUCCAGCUCCUAUGCAGAUCCCUGGACGCCUCCCCGGAGCUCCACCAGCAGCCGGGAGGCCCUGCACACUGCUGGCUAUGAGAUGUCCCUCAAUGGCUCCCCUCGUUCUCACUACCUGGCUGACAGCGAUCCCCUCAUCUCCAAAUCUGCCUCCCUGCCUGCCUACAGAAGAAAUGGGCUACACAGGACACCCAGCGCAGACCUCUUCCACUAUGACAGCAUGAACGCAGUCAACUGGGGCAUGCGAGAGUACAAGAUCUACCCUUACGAACUGCUGCUGGUGACCACAAGAGGAAGAAACCGACUGCCCAAGGAUGUGGACCGGACCCGCUUAGAGCGCCACCUGUCGCAAGAAGAGUUCUAUCAAGUCUUCGGCAUGACCAUCUCAGAGUUCGAGCGGCUAGCCCUCUGGAAGAGGAAUGAACUGAAGAAGCAAGCCCGGCUGUUCUAGCAGAAGCCCUAUACAUGUAGAUGCAUUUAUAUAAAGAUGUAUGUAAAUCUCUAUACUGACGCGCGGUAUAAUCCUCUUGUGUAACAGACACGCUGCCUGCCAUGAGACUUGCUUUUCUGUACUGUCAGGCAAUCAUCGAGGUAUUUUUAUGCUCCUUACUUCUCUUUUUCUAAGUGCUGUGGGAUGUGGGAAGGGAUUUGAGGGGACUCCGUCCUUUUACUGGGGGGUCCUUUUUAUACUGAAACAUCUGUCCUAACUUGAGCCCCUCAAGGUCCAACUCUCUUUCCUUGAAAAGGUGCCUGGAGAAGUCUCUCUGCUCCACCUCUUGGCCCUUGCCCCCAUCUCCAGGGCUGACACUCACCACGAAGUUUUCAAAAGCUAUUGUUCUCUCAUGGGAAAGCUCCCAUGAGAGAUCUGUAGCGAUCCCCCCAAAUCAGUGAGUGCUUUUGAGGGCUCAUGAAGAAUUUUCUCCACACCCUCAAGAAGCUUAGUGCUCUUUGGGGUGGCGCAGAGGUGUGAUCCUCAAACCCACUCAUUACCCAGUAGACAGAAGUACAUAGGAUGUUGGCCUCUCAGCUCAUUCACCCUCCUCCUUCUCCCUUGGUCCAGACCUCUCCCUUUCCAAAUCUAGGAUUCAUGGUAGGAAAAUGAAAGAGGCACAUCCCUUCCCUCUAUCACCUUCAACUGGCCCCUUUGUUGAGCCUAGACUUGGAGAAGCAGAGGAAAGGAGAGGAAGCUGGGAGAGGAGAGAGAACCAGACACCUGGUAGAAUGCCACUACAGGAUCUCCUGGACCCUCCACUCUCUCUCACUGCUCCAGGACCUCCUGACCCUUCGUCCUUUCUAGGAGAGGCCAUUGUUGCAGCCUGUACUCUUCAGCCUUAUUUCAAUCUAUGUGCCUGAUGAUCCACACACCACAGGGCUAAUGUUCCCACCACAGCUCCAACCAAGCAACCAGACACACACUCCCCAAAAAAGGUUCUUGAACUGUGCCACUGGUCCCUGGGCCUACAGCGAGACCAUACCUGACCCCCAUCAAUCCCUGGCUCCUGCUGCAAAACUGGCCAGGUCUCAUGACAGAAGCUUUCAGAACAGUGGAUGCUUAGGGAAUUCCAAAAUGAGGUACUGGUCAAUACAGCUUGUAGUCAUCCUUGAUGCCCCAGUGGUUGCCUCUCUUGCUUUCUGGAACAAGGAUGAAAGCUUAACUUUCUUUUGUCCCCUCUCCAAACCUUUAACCCUGAGUUGGCAAUGUUUGGGGAUGGCUGUUCCUUCUUGAAGUUGCUUUGAGUCCAAAGUGAAAAUGACAAUUAUGACUCUCAAAAGGCUGAUGAUGCAGUGUGGCAAAUGUAGAAGUCCCUUCAAUUCAAUAAACCUGCACUGAGCACCUGUUGAUGCUGAGCACCUGCUGAAUACUGAACACUGGAUGGGGGUGGGGGGAGGGGCACUGGAAUGAAUCAACAUGGACCCUGGUCUCAGGGGUAUUCCUGGUAAGAGAGGGUAUCCUAAGGCAUGUACCCAGACUUAGUGGACGCAAGGCAGAACGUGAUAGAAGUCACAAGAAAGGGGUGUGCACGACUGAAAAGGCGCAUGCCGUGGUGUAGACCAAGGAAAGCUCUAGAGGAGAUUGAAUUGGGAAGUAGAAACUGAGAGGAAGCUACAAGUUGAAAGGGUGACAGGGUGGAGGGACCAGAAGGGAAGUCUAAUGUACCCUCAUUUAAAAGUCUCCCUGCAACUUCUCUUUUUGGCCAAUGUCUUUCAACUUUCUUGACCAACUAGAAAUGACCCCAGCCAGACGCAAUCGUUGAAACUGCCUCAUUGUCACUGGUUAGAAACUUGCAGGAUUGAAGGGCUUUUGUUAUUGUUGUUGGACAUUUUUGUUUCCCAUAAAAGCACAUCAUU